AGGUAUGGUUACACGAAGUGAAGACUUGGGAAACAUGGAGUUUUCCAAAAUGAUUUCCCACAGUGAACCUUCGUUUCGAUUUGACAGAAAAACAACCUUCUCAGCAAGUAAAAGCUUGGCAGAUAUAAGAAGUAAGAGCUUUGUCUACCCUGAAACUGUGCCAGAUAAUAAUAUAUGGUCAAGAAAAGCACCUGAUUUCACCCCAAAGCUGUACAGAUCACUUAACUUACCCAGGAAUACACAGGAAAGCAAGCAGGCUGUGUCUAAAAUGACCAACUCUUCUGGGAAACUGAACAUUGUAGAGGAAAUUAAAACUACAAUUCUACCUGAAAUAGUCCAGAAAAAAGAAUCUCCUAAAUUCAUUGCAAAAUUUAAACCUCCUGACCCUCAGGAAGCCAGGAUAAUGUUUGUGAAGACUGGAAAAUACCCUACUGCUGAAUUUAAAGACCCUAAGCCACAUGAUUUCAGACAGUAUGAAGAGAAUAUACCAGACUUUAAUACCAGUUAUGAGCGAGAUUCUUGGAAUCUGAAUUUCAAAUCUCAGCAGAUAAUUGCAAGUCUCGAACCAGUAAAGCCUUCACAAGAGAAAACCAGUGUUCAAAGAUUUGACACAUAUAAACCUCAGGAACUUAAAUGGGAUUCAAAGUUAAUACUUCCAAAGAAGUCUUGGCCUCCAAAAUCUGCUUCCUAUACAAGACAUAGACGGAGACGUGGGGUCUACAGUGCAUUGAUGGGUCGGGUGGAAGACAAGCUUGCUAACGUUUUGGAAAAGGAUGAACCGGUUCGAAAACAGAAUUAGGAACAAAAGAAGACAUGUGUGUUUGGCAAAAUAUGUUUCUUGUGUGAAUGUGUGUGUGUGUGUGUGUGUGUGUAUAUAUAUAUGUAUAUCUCG